AUGGCAGACGAGGUAACCGACAGUCCCGUCUCCACCCCUGCGGUGGAGGUCAAUGAGAAGAAGGAUGACUUGCUGGUCAAGGAGUCUGUGGACAUCCAUGAUGUGGAAGUCGCCCCGGGCUUCGUUGCUGAGGCGGACUUCAAGGGGAAUUUCAACGAUGUUCCCAUCGGGGAGGGUAUUAUCCCUGAGGAUAGUGACGAGUUCAUCGAUCCACGCCUGAAGGACUAUCCCAUACCCUUGGUGGCUAAGACGGUAGAUCUUCGCAAUGACCCGACUGAACCAAUCCUAACCUUCCGAUUCUGGGUUCUGUCUACCUUCUGGGUGCUUGUUGGCUGCGCACUUUCCACCUUUUACUUCUUCAAGCCGUACUACAACUCAAUCACCAGUUAUGCCGUCCAGUUGCUAUCCUGGGGCAUGGGUGAUGCCAUGGCUCGUUAUUUACCCACAAGGCAAUUCAGCUUCUUUGGAUGGAAAUGGUCGAUGAACCCAGGUCCCUGGAACGCUAAGGAGCAUGCACUUAUUGUUGUGGCCUACUGGGGUAGUUGCUACACGGCUAUCGGAAUGGGCCCCUUGUCUGCCAUCGAACUCUACUACGGCGAAAAGCUCAACGCUGGGUGGUCUAUGUUCUUCUUGUUGGCCUCUCAAAUGAUCGGAUAUGGCUUCGCGGGUCUCUUCCGUGAUAUCCUGGUUCGACCCCCGAAGAUGUAUUAUCCCGGAGUGCUGCCCAACGUGGCACUGUUCAAUGCGAUGCAUCGGAACCCAUCCGUCACGAAGAAAGCCCUCAAGUACUUUGCCAUCAUCGCAUCUAUCACCUUUGUGUAUGAGUGGCUUCCAGAGCUCAUUUUUCCUUUGCUGAGCUCUCUUCCUUUGAUCUGCUGGUUUGGCCAUGGUAACUGGAAGGCCUUUGUCCUGGGAUCGGGUACCUACGGAUUUGGUAUUCUGGACUUGUCGCUUGAUUGGAACUACAUCACCUACAUGUAUCCAUACUAUACACCGCUCUGGUCUAGUAUGAACCAAUGUAUCUUCAUCAUUCUCUGUGUCUGGAUAAUAUAUCCCGCCAUCUACUUCACCAACACCAUGAACGCACAGAACUUUGCACCAAUGGAUACCGGUACCUACACUGCCAAUGGCAGCACUUACGACGUUACGGCCAUCGUUGGCUCCAACCUUGAGGUUAACCGCACUGCACUGGCUGAGUACGGGUCCCCUUACUGGGCUCCAUCAUAUGUGUUCUACUGGUUCUGGACCUUCGCCGCCCUUACAGCCUCUAUGACCUACGCAAUCCUGUGGUACGGCAAAUCGGGCUGGGAGGAUUUCAAGAACGCAUGGAGCAAUAAGCGCAGCGACUAUGAUGAUCCCUACCUCAAGCUCAUGUCCUUCCAAAAGCGGGUACCCCACUGGUGGUAUCUUAGUCUGCUUGGAAUAUGUGCGGUGAUCGCUAUUGCUCAGGGCUACGAAGGAAACAUGAAGCUGUCAGCGUGGGGCCUCAUUGUCAUCUGUCUAUUUUCGUUUAUCUUCACCUGGCCCAACGGCAUUUUGUGGGCUGUGGCCAACACGCAGGUCGGAAUGGGCUCGUUCAGUGAUUUACUGGCGGGUGCCAUGUUCCCCGGGAAGCCGACUGCCGUGCUUUCAGCCUAUACGUACGGUUACUGUGUUUUGGAGCAAAACCUCAACCUCAUUUCUGACUAUAAGUUCGGGUUCUACAUGAAGAUCCCGGAGCGAGAGAUGUUCUGGGGUCAGGUCUGGGGCACCAUGCUCGGUCCAUUCAUCAAUUACGGCUUCAUGCAAUUGAUCGUUGACCGGGAACGGCCUUACCUGAUUGGCCAGCGGACCUCAGAGGCGUGGGAUGCUGUGCAAUCCCGUGUUUACUAUUCUAACUCCAUCAUCUGGGGCAUCCUGGGUCCUAAGGAGUUCUUCGGUGAACGCUACCCGUGGGUGUACUACUCUUUCCUCGUGGGUGCCGGGGCUGUAUUUCUUACCUGGCUUGUGCAAAAGUGGAAGCCCCGGUGGGACAUGGAACGUUGGUUCAACCCUACGUUGAUGUUUUAUGGGGGCAUGCUAUUUCCGACGUACCCGACUGCUAACUUCUUCAUGUCUUUCCUGGCCUGCAUCCUGUUCAUGGGCAUCCUUCCUCGGUAUUGCCCGGUAUGGUGGAGAAAGUACAACUAUCUGACGGGGGUCGGUCUGGAUUGUGGAACGCAGCUCAUGACCUUGGUUUGCAUCUUCAUUAUCAAUCUGCCUAAUCUGUCGUUUCCUUCGUGGUGGGGCAAUGAUCCAAAUGCGACUGAUCGGUGCUUCCCUCCGGCUGAUCUGCCUCCAUAUGCAUUGAACUGA